UGGGGGCGCGGGGGCGAGGCACUUACCGGGCCGGGGCCGCGCAUCCUCCUCUGGGCAGGCUCCGGGGACAGCCGGUGAGCUGCGGGGCGCUGCGGGCUGGCGGUCCCUCGGGGGGGCACCCGGGUGGGCACGGCGGAGGGCUGGAAGCCGCUGCCGGCUGCACGGCCCGGGAGGGGCAGCGGGAGCAGGGGGCGAGCAGGCGGCAGGGUCUCCGAGCCUCCGACGUUCCCGCAGGGCCGGGCGUUUGCUGCCCCUUCCAGCAGAGCUCCGAGCCGCUGCUGGUGCCUCGUGCACGGAGCUCAGCGGCUCUCAGAGCUGCGGGUGCUGCUCCUCGAGGAGGCAGGCACGGGGCCAGGAGGCACUCAGAUCCUGGGCGGUGGCACUGGGGCAGCACACAGAGCCUUGCCCAGCUGAAUUUCCUGGAGCCAGCCUGUGCCAGGCAGAGUCAGGGAGCACUUUCCAGAAGAGACCGUGCCCGUUGAGCCUCUUGAACCAGUCCUGCCACGAGUGGAAGCUGCUCUCCUACAGUACUCUCCUGCACAAGCAGCUCACAUCACCACGAAGCAGCACAGGGUUACAGACAGCAUGACAGCAGCUGCUUAACAUCUCCUUCAACAGUGAGGAAGCAAAGAUCACAGCCUCAGCUCAAGAAGCCGCAGGAGAUGCUCACAGCCUCCAGCAGGCUCUGCCUUACAGCCCAAGGGACCUCUGAGACACAGCAGACACCACACCAGCAUCGGGACCGUUCUGAUUUCUCUGGCACUCGAUGAAAUCAGUUGCAUCCAGGCAAACACCAGCACGGCUGUUGAAGUAGAGCUGGAAGAGCGAGGCAAGAUGAUCUGAGAGUUGGAUUGCCAGGGGCAGCAAGAGCAGAGCUGCUCCACGAGGGGAGGCCAGCCGUAAGCAGCAGGCAACCAUCACGCAGGCAGGUGGGGAGACCCCAUCAGCAGGGACAAGCUGGUGACAGGUCCCAUCAACAGAGAGCAUCGGGCCAAGCUGCCGGCUGACGCUGCCGUUCCCUGCCAGUGAGCAGCGGGCGCCAUGGACGAGGAGACGGUGCUGCAGAUGGGGGGGAACUCCCUCCUGAAGGCAGUGUGGCUUGGCCGGCUCCGGCUGACCAGGCUCCUGCUGGAAGGGGGGGCUUACAUCAACGAGAGCAACGAGAAAGGGGAGACCGCCCUCAUGGUGGCCUGCAUCACCAAGCACGUUGACCAGCAGAGCAUCAGCAAGGCCAAGAUGGUGAAGUACCUGCUGGACAACAGAGCCGACCCCAACAUCCAGGACAAGUCUGGGAAGACGGCCCUCAUGCACGCCUGCAUCCGAGGCGCCGGGGGAGAGGUGGUGUCCCUGCUGCUGGAGAACGGGGCUGACCCCAGCCUGGAGGACCACUCCGGAGCCUCCGCGCUGGUCCACGCCAUCAACGCGGACGACAAGGCCGUGCUGCAGCACCUCCUGAACGCCUGCAGAGCAAAAGGGAAGGAGGUGAUCAUCAUCACCAUGGACAAGUCAGCCACCGGCACCAAGGCCACCAAGCAGUACCUGAACGUGCCCCCCUCGCUGGAGUUCAAGGACAGGCCCCCCCCUGAGGCGUGCACGGCAGCCCCCAGCCUCAGCCUGACAGCAGCCGUCCCGUCCCCCCCACUCGCUGAGAAGGAGGACGGGGCCUUCGGGCCGCACUCGGCCCAGCCCGGGGACAGCCCCCCUGCCAAGGCCACCGCCGAGCCGCCCUCCCCCGGGAGGAAAAGCGGCGCUGCCAAGAGAGCGCGGCUGCCCCAGCUGAAGCGGCUGCAGUCCGAGCCCUGGGGGCUGGUCGCGCCCUCGGUGCUGGCCGCCUCCGCGCACCACGAGGAGCAGCGGGUGCGCACGGACGACGAAGUCAUCAUGGGCAUCGGUGAGCUCUCCUUUUCCAAAAAGGCUCCCCUCACCCGGAGCAACAGCAGCAAGAGCAAAGACCCGUCUCUCUUCCCCCUGGUAGACGAGCAGGCUCUGAGGACGCCCUCGGCCUCGGGGCCGGUCUCCAGGAAGGCGCCCUACGAGAAGAGCCCGGCCGGCCCCCAGCGCCUGCCCCGCAGGAGCACGGUGCCCGAGCAGACGGAGAGCGGUGGCCCCGGCUCCGCGGGCCCGGCGGCGAUGGAGGCGCUGCACUGGCGGAGGCUGGGCGCCGAGCACCACGACUGCGAUGACGGCACGGGGCCAGCCGAGGUGGGGAAGGUGGCCUCGGAGAGGAGGAAGCUGAACGGGUCCCACCUGGCCCUGCUCAACGGCUCGCGGGAGGCCCUGGACAGCCUCGCCAGCACAUCGCCCGGCGCUGUCCGGCGCCGACCGCCCAACCUCCUGGAGCGGCGAGGGUCUGGGACCCUGCUGCUAGACCACAUCUCUCAUACCCGGCCGGGGUACCUGCCCCCUCUGAAUGUGAACCCCAACCCCCCCAUCCCUGACAUUGGCUCCAGCAGCAAGUCUUCCUCCCUGCUCGCUGCUGGCUUGAAGUCCCUGGUGCCCAUCGCUCCCAGCUCACCCAAGCGGGGUGACUUGAGAACCAAAAAGAAGCUUCUCCGGAGACACUCCAUGCAGGUGGAGCAGAUGAGGCAGCUCUCUGAUUUUGAGGAAAUAGUGGCCCAGUAGCUGAGUCACAGUCGAUUUCCCACAAAAUUUACCAAAUACGUGCUCUCUGUAGAAACAUAAAUGAUGGUUCCUGAACAGAGCGGUCGCUGGCUCCGGGGAAGUGCUGGCAGCCCUGGGUGUUCAGCCCCGUGCCCAGGGGCUGAGUGAGGAGGGUCUCGUGCUGCUUCCCAGAGCUGGGGAGAGCCAGGAGUCGCAGGUGGCAAGGAAUCAAGCCCAAGCAUCUGAAGCAUCUGUCAUGUACUGAUAACUCAUUUCUGGACUUUCCCCCAAGAGUAACUAUCUGAGAAAUCCGAUCCCAGAACAUCUCACGCACAGAGUCAGGCUUCACACAAAGGCUCCUGGCUGCAGUUUAUUUAUUCCUGAUUAUUUAUGACCCGUUUUCCUUCCAUCCCACUCAUUCUAAUACAGAAACUGGUCUGGGAGCCCCACGCCAGGGAGCCGGGGGCUGAUGUAUUUGUGAAGUGCCUACCAGGAAGGAGCUUAAUGCUGCAAGAGGUUGGAAGAGCAGAAAUAACCCUCCUUAGCAAUUGAAUGUAUUUAUACCCUCACUGUGCUGGAGAAGGGAGACGAUUCCUGCCUCAGAGAUUUCCGAGCACUUUGAAACGCCAGAGGCUGAGCUAAAUCUGUUGCUGGUGCAACCCAGUGUCUUCAGCAGGCCUGCCACCAGGACGGGUUUGCCUCAGCGUCUCGAGAGCCACCAAGGCGCAGGGGCAGUUCCCAGCACACUGAGCAACUCCAAGCACUGACGUCCCGGCUUGUCCCCGGGGGAAGCUUCCCCCAGCGGAGCGAGGGUGACGAGGAUGGCACGUGGCGAGCACCAGGGCUUCGUGUCAGCCGCAGGCAGCCGCAGCCAGGACACCCCUCUCCUGCUGACCCCGCUGCCACCACGGUCCUUCGGGGUGAAGUGGACACGGGCUCGGCUCCGCAUGCCGGGCUGGGGCACGGUUCUGUCGCCACCUCCAGCCCUCGGCCGUCCCGAACCCACCUGCGACGAGCUGGUUCCUGACCCAGGGCAUCAGCGGUCUUUCUCCGGGCUGUUGCAAAACUUUGCACGGGUCCUGCGUGCAGCAGCGUUGUGUUCUGGUUUUAUCUGCACAAGAAUGUUCCCCGAAAGUGCAUUUUAGAUUUAAAUACGCUAUUUAGAGCAAAGGUGGGCUUAUAUUUUUACAGCCUUAAAGUUUACACUUCCUGUCUGUCAAAUGUCAUAGAUUGAAUUCCAGGCGUAUUUUACCUAUAACAAUGAAGUUUGUCUUAUAUUUUGGGCUGUGGAAUUUUAAAUCCCAUAGCUCUCAUUUCUAAAUAUCCUGAUAUUUUGUGGUGUGUUUGGGUUUUUUUAAAGUAAUAUUUAAUGUCAUUUGCCAGUGGUCUGAGAAAACAAUGGUGCCUGCAAACCGCA